AUGUCAAGUAGGUCCCUGCUGAAAAUGGCCAACAGGACGCUCUUGCCUCUCGAUAUUCUCUACACGGUCGCGGAGAUACUCGCUGGCAGGAGUGACAUGGAUUCCCUGAAGACUUCCUCGCUGGCUUGUAGGGACUUCCGUCGGAUUUGUGAGAAGCACAUCUUCGCAGAGGUUGAUCUUACACCGGGCGACCGAUCACUUGUUGACCAGUUCAAGAAAUUGCUCGACAUAAAACCCGAAGCUGCGGCACUAGUCCAAGACGUCAGACUUUUCCUAGAUCCACCGUAUUCAGCCAAUCUUCCGACUGUCCUAUCUUCGAUGAAAGCAAUACGCCGCCUUUCCUUAGGUGUACGCAAGCCAACACCAUACGAACCCCAACACUCACCCACCUCGAAAUACGAGCUCUCGACGACUUUCCGAUCGCAAAAGUAA